GCCAAAUUUUGUCAUCAGAAGCUAAGUUUGUUAUCAUGUGCCCUGCAGAGUAUCAACCGUUGUUGCUGGGGCUGGACUCGCAUGUCAGUAUACCUGACUUGUCGUCUGAGAUGAUCGAAGAGUUUUUGGAGCACAGGCCGGUGGCAAUGAGGUGGUGGCCACGUCUUUUUGGGUGGGAGUCACGGCUGCUCUGGCUUCUGUCUGGGUCCUCUAUUGUUUAUUCUGUGUUCAGUUACAUGCUUAGUUUCGUCACGUUGAUGUUUAGUGGGCAUUUGGGUGCUUUAGAGCUCGCUGGUGCCUCCAUUGCUAGUGUUGGAAUUCAAGGUCUUGCUUAUGGAAUCAUGUUGGGCAUGGCCAGUGCAGUUCAAACUGUAUGUGGACAAGCUUAUGGAGCCAAGAAAUAUUCAGAAAUGGGCAUCAUUUGCCAAAGAGCAAUUGUACUGCACGUGGGAGCAGCUAUACUCCUCACAUUCUUGUACUGGUACUCAUGUCCGAUUCUUAAAGCAAUGGGGCAAUCAGAGAGCAUAGCCGAGCAGGGCCAAAUUUUCGCUCGCGGUUUGGUCCCUCAACUUUACGCAUUUGCACUGAGCUGCCCAAUGCAACGUUUUCUUCAAGCGCAGAACAUAGUAAACCCUCUAGCAUACAUGUCUGUUGGGGUAUUUCUGUUGCACAUACUGUUAACAUGGCUUGUUGUUUAUGCCUUGAAUUAUGGCCUCAUAGGAGCAGCUCUCACGCUGAGUUUCUCUUGGUGGCUGCUUUCUAUUAUAAAUGGUCUUUACAUUGUCCUGAGCCCAUCUUGCAAGGAAACCUGGACUGGCUUGUCAAUCAAAGCUUUCAAAGGAAUUUGGCCUUAUUUCAAGCUUACCAUUGCUUCUGCUGUUAUGCUUUGUUUAGAGAUUUGGUACAACCAAGGACUGGUGCUUAUUUCUGGUCUUCUCACUAAUCCUACGAUCGCACUUGACUCCAUCUCUGUAUGCAUGAAUUACCUAAACUGGGACAUGACAUUUAUGCUGGGCCUGGCCGCAGCUGCCAGUGUCAGGGUAAGCAAUGAACUUGGAGCAGCACAUCCCAAAGUUGCAAAAUUUUCCGUAGUAGUAGUGACCAGCACGAGUGUCUUCAUUAGUAUAAUUUUCAGUGCCAUAAUUUUAAUCUUCCGGGUUGGAUUAAGUAAACUCUUCACAUCUGAUGCUGAAGUUAUAGCAGCAGUUUCAAAUCUGACGCCACUACUUGCCAUGUCUGUUUUGUUGAAUGGAAUUCAACCUAUACUUUCAGGUGUGGCCAUUGGAAGUGGGUGGCAAGCUAUAGUUGCCUAUGUUAAUGUAACCACCUACUAUUUCAUCGGUCUCCCGGUUGGGUGUGUGCUUGGCUUCAAGACCUCUCUAGGAGUAGCAGGUAUUUGGUGGGGGUUGAUCAUUGGAGUUUCCCUGCAAACAGUAACUCUGAUUGUUCUCACACUCAGAACGAAUUGGGAUGCAGAGGUUGUGAAAGCUGCUGAACGUGUGAAGAGUUCUGCAAAUGAGGAGACCCUAGACUUGGUGACUAACGCAUGAAGACAUUUCUUUGUUUCAAAAUCAUCACUAUUUUUAAUUUAGACUGCCCUGUUUCUGCAUUAUGUGAAUGUGAGUCUGUAUGAAAUCGAAAAGUGAGAAUGAAUGCCAUGAAAGAAGAGAAAAUUUGAGUUUCAAUAAUAUAUUAUUCCAAACAUUCUUUUGUUUCAUUAUUCAUUCACAAGUUCAAGACAAAUUUGGA